GUGCUUUGUUAUGGCGGUUGGAGAAAAAUUCCAGGUGAAAAAGUCCGAGAGGAUGAAACGAAUGAUAUAGAAUGGUUGACACGAAAUUUUGAAUUAUGGAAUAAUGAUCGUCGGAUAGUUAACUUUUGCAUAUUACUCAAGAUGGCCACACAAUUUAUGUCACAGUACAAUGGGCAUGGGGCAGCAGGCCCACAACUUGGAAUAAACAUGGGUCACCAAUCUGCUUAUGCCAGUAAAAACUCAAAUGGAAGAAGUUUUGCAUUCAGAAAGAGAUAUGAAAGAAUUGACUGGAGGAGAAUUGCUUCAGUGGAUGUUGACCAAGUGGCAAGGACAUUGGACUUUAAUGCUCUUCAAGAAAACAUCAUGAACUUGACAUUUUGCAACAUUGAGGCUGAACUGGAUGUAAGAAUGGUGGAUCCAAAUUUCAUAAAACUCUUCAAACUGGCCCAGCUGACAAUUGAAUAUUUACUGCACUCCCAAGAAUACCUGACAGGAGUUGUCUCCAGUAUGGAAGAGAAAAUCAAAAAGGAAGAAGAGGAUCAUGCUGAAACAAAAGCCCAGUUAGAAAAAGUUAAGAAGGACCUGGCAGAAACAAAGAAAGAGAGUCACAAAAGAAAGAAGUUACUAAUGGCUCAGCAACAACUCAUUCACGCUGGCUCAGGCAGUUACAAUAAGUGUCCAUUCUGCCCUAAAGCUUUCCUCAAUUCAUCAUUUCUCCAAUCGCAUAUAAACCGCCGCCAUAAUGAUUUCUCGGGCAAGGCAGCAUCAGUUGCCAUGGGAGCAGAGCAGAGCACUGGUCAAAUUCCCCAGGCUGUCAGAGAAACAAAAGAAAUAUUCCAACAGUUUCAAGUUCAACAGGAACAUGCGCAGACAUUUCAUGAAAGUACAUCUCCCAAAUUGCAAGACACCACAGCAAAGAUGGAAGUUAUUAGAGUUCAAGAGGAAGACAAGAAGGAAAUUGAGAAAAUUAAGGAAAUGUUCAUGAGAGAAUUAAAAGACAUGAAUGAAAAGUACCAGUCAUCUGAGCGUGCUAUGACUGAAAUGGAGCAACGCCUCGGCAAGAAGUCAAACCUGGGUGACCUUCAGGAUGAUGUCGACAAUGAGCGGGAGUUACUACGGCAACAGAAGGAAGAAGUGGCCAUGUUGAAGGAGCAGUUGGAGAGGCAGCUAAGAAAUGCCAGCCUGGAGUCGUCCACCCACACGAGUGAGAUGGACAGGAGAUCAAGACGAGAGGAGAGAAGCAGGCGUAAACCUCCGCCCCGUAAACAGGAAGUUCAAAUCGAGAAACCUGUAGAGGAUGAAAUUGAGGAAAUGUUGGAAGAUGCUGGUGCAGCAGCUUCUCCGGAGAGGGUGACGCCCCGUGGGGGACAGCCUAGUGGAGUAGAGGUCCCAACCAAGCUGAUGAUGGAGCCCAGCGAUGAUGACGAGGAUACAGAAAUGAAAUCUGCAAGGGGCACAGGAAGCUUUGGCAGGGAGUCCAUGCAUAGUACAAUGGAUUCCUUCAGGAGUGGAGAGCUGACACUGAGGACGACCCAGUUUUUGGAGGAACUGAGGAAGAACCCGACCCUCAGGCUGAUGAGGGACGAGCUGAUCUCCUUACUGCAGGACAGCCUGGACAAGAUUGGGAUCCCACCGGAAACAAGAGGCAUUCCUGAUGAUUUGUUGAUCAGUAAACUGGCCUUACUGAAGCAGAGGAGACAAAGCACAGUGCAGAAAUAUCCAAUCUUCACCGAGUUCAGGAAGCAGUGUAAUGCACAUGCUGACCAUUUGGCUCGUGAAAAAUUGAAGCAACAGAAGAAAUCGCCUCCUCCCCCUUCAGGUGGUAGAUCAGGAAUUCCUCCUCGUGCUAUGAAUACCAGUAUGACAGCCUCGGGAACCUCGAGUCCUGUCCGGUCAGCCAACCAGUCUCCUAUACGACAGCCUCCUGCUCCUGUCGCCAGACAGCCAGCCAUGUCCACUCCCCAAAGACCCACCUCAGCAUCCUCUGGUCAGGGCAGGUACCCACCUCCCCAGACUCAGCCCUCACGGGCAGCAGCCCCUCAGCAACAACCAAAGCCUGCGCCCCGCAGUCCCCAAAGGACGCCCCACUCCACAGGUUCAAGCUUAGAGUGGACCAGCACUCAGUGGGAAUCUGGGGAAGAUGAAGAGACAGAGGAAGAAAGUGAAGCACCAGCAUUUGAACAUGUCAGGGUGAUAAAGUCAGGGCCUGCGGGGAGGGGAAGGGGAAUCCCUGCCCCCAGAGGCCAACCCACACCUGGGGCUAGACAGCCAGUGCAGGUUCAGUCUCGGGGGAAGGUUCAAGAUGAUGAUGAAGAUGAUGUUUGGGAUUCAGAUGUUAGUGAUUUAGAGGAAGAAAUUCUACCUUCGAAGUCUAGAACAGCUCCAGGCCCUAUCAGGGUUCAGUCCUCUCCUGUCCGAAAUCCUGGUCUCUCUACCUCACCUGCCCGGGGUGGACCAGUCGUUGUACAGCCCAAAGGUCAGAAGGUCGCGGAACUCUCACGUACCAUAGAGAUGCAGUUAGCUGGUCGCAAAGAAAAGAAGUUAGCUGGAGCAGUAGACACUAUGGGUGGAAAAAAAGAGGAGGACGUUCUUGAUGACUUCUCGGACAGUGAUUGGGAUGUGUCCCCUGUGGAGGAUGAGCCCCGCGCUGCCACAGCACCAAAGCGAGCCCCAGUGCAAGUGAGAAGUAGUCAUGCCUCUGAUACGACCAACACUUAUGGUACAAGCGUGUGGGGAUCAUCAUCCAAAGGAGCCAGCACGGUACCAGCUGGAGGGACCCAGGGAGGACGAGCAUCCCGGGGGUCCUACGUCAGUGUGACGGACGUCAGCUCAGAUGAAGAGCUUGACCUGGACAACAUAUGAAAACCUCAAGACUGACCAUACACCUCAUUCACAUACAUGUAAAAAAUGAAACUCUUCUGAAUGACAGUCCUUUCCUAAGGAUUCAGUUACAUUGCAUGCUAGGUUACUGAUAUUUUCUUUACCUUUAUGUUAUGUAUGACCAUAUUUGUUUUGGUGCUUCGAGAUAAUGAUUAUGACAACAGGUGUCCGAGAUUUCUGGCUCUUGUACUGACUCCUAGAUUCUAAUCACAACUGGUUGUACUCCGAGAUUCUCUCCCUUAGGGUAGCUGUUUGAUAUUGGAUUUAUUUCAGAAACUUAUUCUAUUACCAUGGGUAAUGACUAAAACUGUGAUGUUGAUUCAUUUUUACUUGUUAAAUGACAUAUCUGCUAUACAUGUACAUAUCCUGUAUUUUUAUGCAAAAUACUUAAAUAUGUUGAGAUUGUUUGCUAUUCCCUCCAAAACCUUUUCACAUUUUGCUCUUAAAAUGAACUUUAUGCAUUUUUAUCUCAAAUUUGAUAAACAGGUAUUUGCAACUCAAACUGUUUUUAUGUGAUGCAUUAUAAAGGUUAGAAUUUAGAUGUUAUAGAUUACAGUAGACCCAUAAACAUACUAAAGGCUAGACUUGAAAGGUUGUUUAUAUAAAAGUGCCUAAAUCAAACUUUACCUAGGCUUAUUUACACUGCAGUGCAUAUUACGUCAUCCGUCCAGACAGCAAAAUGUGCUACAGUGACUUGUUAAGUAAAUUCUUAUGUAUGGAUUUCAAAGAUUUAUACUUUAUUACUGCAUGACUUGUUUAAUGAGUAAUUUUAAUGUAGGAAUUUCAAAGAUUUUAGUUCUACUGUAUUACAGCAUGUCUUGUUAAGUAAAUUUUUAAUUAGGUAUUUCAAAGAUAUUAGUUUUGCUGUUUUCAAGAUUGAUUUUUACAUAGUCUGUUUAUAGAGAUGAGAAGAGAUAUACAUGACUUUUUAAAGAGUGAUUAUCUUUGUUUUAAUUUAGUUUUAUUGCAUACAUCCAACCAUAAUUUGAAUAAUAUUUGCUCUCAGUAAAAACAGCAUUCAUAGACAUAUUUACUUCCAUUGCCAUGCAUUAAAUAAAACAAUUUUUUAGUGUUUGAAUAAUAUCUGACAUUUCUUUAGAAGCAGAGACUUAGUUAUGUUACAUACAAUGUUAUUCUGCCUUGCCGUCCCAAAUGACAUAUUUGUUCAUGUACAUAUUUUAUGUACUGUUCAUGUACAUAUAUCAUGUACAUGCAUGUGAUUAGAUGAGAUUUCAUUAACACAACUUAAAUUACUUGUUGUUGAUUUUAUUUUGUAUAUUUCAUCAUGAAGCAUUUAUUGCAUGUUAUAAUUGUGUAUAAGAUAUAUUUAUUACUACGUAGAAGUGCUGUAACUUAUUUUUAUGGCACGUAGAAAAAGUGCAUGUAAAAUAUUUAUAUAUAUGGAAGAGUUUGUAUACGUUUGUAUACCGAGUAUUUGUUUUUGGUUAAUUGUAUUUUUAUUGAAAGUUGUAAAAAUGUCAUUCAUUUACUGCUAUGCAUGACUAAGCAAAAAUCAAUAAACCAUAAAUAAAUUAAUUAAUUUUCAUAUCA